AUACACCUAUCAAUCAAUCAUAGGAAGAACCAUGGCUCCUUCGAACACGACGACGUCAACAUCGGAGAAGAUCUUCUCCUUCAAAGGUUCCAUUACCAAACGCACGGAGGCGACAAGAUGCCCGCCCUUAUUUCCGCCUCAUAAGAAAUAUAAGUCCUUGAAGGAGAUAAUGGAGAUGGCACCGUACGCAGUGAUUGAAAGAGAUUACAGUAAUGUCGGGUGCGAGGAGUGUGGGUCCGAUGAACGAGCUGAGGUUAUGCUUCUUUGUGAUAAAUGCGACAAGGGAUUCCAUAUGUUCUGCUUGAGACCCAUUGUUGUUCGGAUUCCCACUGGCCCUUGGUUUUGCCCUGCCUGUUCUGGCCACACUCGAUUACGAAGAUUUCCGCUGAAGCAGACAAAGAUUGUCGAUUUCUUCCAGAUUCAAAAGCGCUCUGAUACUCCUGAUAAAUGUGCUUCUCCUCAAGAUACUAGGAAGCGUAGGAAGCGUUGUAAAACGAUAGUGAUGUAUAAGAAAAGGAGGAGACUAUUGCCAUUUCAUCCGACAGAAGAUCCUAAGCGCAUGCUACAACAAAUGGCUUCCCUUGCUACUGCUUUAACAGCACUGCACAUGGAGUUCAGCAAUGACCUAACUUACAUGCCUGGCAUGGUCCCAAGGUCUGCAAAUCAGGCCAGUUUUGAGAAGGGUGGCAUGCAGGUUCUUUGUAAGGAAGACAUAGAAACCUUAGAGCAUUGCAGAGCCAUGUGCAGAAGAGGAGAAUGGCCUCCACUUGUAGUAGCCUUUGAUUCAUGCGAAGGUUACACAGUGGAGGCCGACAGUCACAUAAAAGAUAUGACAUUGAUCACAGAAUACACAGGUGACAUUGAUUACAUUAAGAACCGGGAACAUGAUGAUUGUGAUAGUAUGAUGACCCUCCUUUUAGCAGAAAACCCAUCUAAUAGUCUUGUUAUCUGCCCUGAUAAACGGGGAAACAUUGCUCGUUUCAUCAAUGGCAUCAACAACCAUACUCCGGAGGGCAUGAAGAAGCAGAAUCUUAAAUGUGUGAGGUAUAAUGUGAAUGGUGAAUGCCGUGUCCUACUGGUUGCCAUUCGUGAUAUUGCUAAGGGGGAGAGACUAUACUACAAUUACAAUGGAUAUGAGUAUGAAUAUCCAACUCACCAUUUUGUUUGAGUUUCUCUAUAACUCCAGUCAUUAUAUCAAAGGAGUCUAUGGAAUUGAUAAGAAUAAGGUAGUAUAAAUCUGGAUCAUCCACUAGGAUUGAUUU